UCAUGAUCACUUGUAAACUGGCUAAGUGUUUAGGGGGAGUUUUGUUGUGUCUUAUCGUGAUGACUUUGAUGUGGAGAGCUCACAGAUACUAAACUGUUGUUAUUAUUAUUUCACAAACGCCACACUGCAUAUAGCUCAUUGUAGCUUAGACAAAGAAUGCGAAGGGUGACGCUUUUUAUCAAUGGGUCCUGCAUAAAUGGCAAGGUUGUAGCAGUGUAUGGGACUCUGUCGGAUCUCUUAUCCGUCGCCAGCAAUAAACUGGGAAUUAGGGCUGCAAAUCUGUACAAUGGGAAGGGUGGGAUGAUUGACGACAUAGCCCUGAUCAGGGAUGAUGAUGUGUUGUAUGUGUCUGAGGGACAUGCCUUUCUUGAUCCUCAGACUGAGGGCAAGGCUGAGGAUGACCUCUCUGGCUCCCACACUGAUUGGCUGACUCUGAAUAUUGGUGGGAGGCUCUUCACAACCACGCGGAGUACCCUCGUGAGCAAGGAGCCCGACAGCAUGCUGGCCCACAUGUUCGGAGAGAAGGACGUUUGGGGUAACAAGCGAGACCAGAGAGGCGCCUACCUCAUCGACCGCAGUCCUGAGUACUUCGAGCCCAUUCUCAACUACCUUCGGCACGGGCAGCUCAUUGUCAAUGAAGGAGUCAACUUGCUGGGGGUGCUAGAAGAGGCACGAUUCUUCGGAAUCGAGCAACUUGCAGAGCAGCUGGAAGUGGCCAUUAAGAACUCUCAUCCUCCCGAGGAUCACUCCCCCAUUUCCCGAAAAGAAUUUGUGCGGUUCUUGCUUGCCACGCCCACCAAGUCAGAGCUGCGCUGUCAGGGUCUGAAUUUCAGCGGCGCUGACCUGUCCCGCCUGGACCUGCGCUACAUCAACUUCAAGAUGGCGAACCUCAGCCGCUGCAACCUCACCUACGCAAACCUGUGCUGCUCGAACCUGGAAAGAUCUGACCUCUCCGGGGCCAACCUGGACGGCGCCAACCUCCAGGGUGUGAAGAUGCUGUGCACCAACGCUGAGGGUGCCUCGCUGAAAGGCUGCAACUUCGAGGACCCCUCAGGACUCAAGGCUAACCUGGAGGGUGCCAAUCUGAAGGGAGUGGAUAUGGAAGGCAGCCAAAUGACUGGCAUAAAUCUGCGCGUGGCUACGCUCAAGAAUGCCAAGCUGAAGAACUGCAACCUUCGCGGGGCCACGCUAGCGGGCACCGAUCUCGAGAACUGUGACCUAUCAGGCUGUGAUUUACAGGAAGCUAACCUGCGUGGCUCGAAUGUGAAGGGGGCCAUCUUUGAAGAAAUGCUCACGCCUCUGCACAUGUCCCAGAGCGUGAGAUAACCAACCACAAGGCUCCAUGCCCUAGUGUCUGUAGCAGCCAGCCUAUCGCAGCGUGCUGUUAUGAAUGUUCCAUGACACGCCCCUUUGGAACCGUAUGCAAUACUGGCACUUUGCCUAGCCCCGCCCACUCAGCUUUACUCUUUUGCACUUCGGCACAUCCAGGGUCUUUGAUUGGCUGACGCCUCUAGUAGUAUUCCUAAUAGAAAACUGUGCAUCUUUUCCGUUUGUCAUGCCAAAACAUAGUUUUAUGCAUAUAUAUGCAUAUAUAUAUAUAUAUAUAUAUAUAUAAUAUUUCUGUGUGUUUUGUUUUUGUUUUUUUUCAUGUGUGUGUUGGAUUUAGUCCACGGGAGCUUUCUGCAUUAAGUCUAAGCUUGGACUAAUAUAUGAAGUCAGCCCUGGUUCUCUGCUGAAAACUGUAUUUAUGCUGGACCGAGUCUUAACGUGUAUCAGUGAAACAGUGUCUCACUGUUGGACGUUUGUCAUUUUUAGCGAAUGUAUGCCAUUUUUCCCCAUCCGUUAUUGAAGUCUAAAGACAAAAACAACCAAAUAUCUACUGCAUUUUAGUUGGAGGAAGAACAUGAAGGCUGUGUGUGUGUGUGUGUGUGUGUGUGUGUGUGUGUGUGUGUGUGUGUCCGAGCUCUCUGGAGAGUGAGGAGGUCCUGAUGUAGAGUUGAAGCAUGCUGUUAUCUAUACCUAAACUAUGUAUCUCAUGGACUUAUUGUGAUCCAUGUGACACACGGGGGGACAAAGUAUGAUAGAAGAUUGUAUAACUUCGUAUUUCAAGGUCGGGCAUAAAAAUGAAUAUGCAAUAUAAACUGUCAUUGUUGGCGCCCUGUCCUGGUGCUGUUUCACAUUUUGGUUUAGCAGUGUCAUUUUUUGUUGUUUGCCGGUUUGUGUCAAACCAGGGCCAUGCAGUUGUCAGCUGUGUGUGUGUGUGUGUGUGUGUGUGUGUGUGUGUGUGUGUGUGUGUGUGUGUGUGUGUGUGUGUGUGUGUGUGUGUGUGUGUGUGUGUGUGUGUGUGUGUCAUUUAGGUUAUUUACCAAAUUUCUGUAGCGUGUUGGUUACACAUGCUGCGACUCGCCUGUAAGUUCAUAUGUAGAAUUUGCCAAUCCUUGGCAAGUUUUUAGUCAUCAUUGGUAUAACUGUGACUCUCAUCCCUCAGUAUUUGUUUUUUUAAUUGCCGUUUUAUUUCCGCUGUUAGUUGUAGCGUUACGAUGUUCUUCAUACCAAAAAGCUUUGAAUGUGUUGCUCACUUCACAUAUAUCUGUCCCCUGUGUGUCAUCAAGUCGGAUUUCUUGUGCUGGUUUUAUUUCAUUGUUGAUGGCUGGAUUUGAGUGACUGCAAACCGACUGCGGCGAUGAGGUGGCCCACGUGACCGCCUCGCACUCCAGCUUGUUGUUCACUUUACAGGCGCUAAAGCGCGUUCGUCCAGCAUUGCGUAAAUCAUUUUGUCUCCCCACCCAGCCAUAUGUCACGUGUACCGUUAAUAUCAGCUGACUUGGUUUAUUGCUGCAUGGUCAAAACUUGACCAUUUCUGUCAGAAUCGAUUUCUGAUGAUGGCUUAAAGCUAAUGGGAUACAAUAUGCUGUUAUUUGUCUUAUCUGUGUAAUCGUAGGUACUCCUGUUCAAUGAAGGCAAUCAAGAAACAGACUUGAGCACUUUAAGUGUGUGAGUCUCUGUGUGUAGCGGCCCCGUGAGAAACGGUGCUAUUUAUUUGCGUAUGUAAUCAGGCUGUAUUUAUCUAAGGUGGAGGAGAGGAUGGACUCUCUUCUCACCUCACUAUCUUGCACUCUAUAAAUGGACUGUUACAAGCAGA